GCCACCCUCCCGGUCGACCUGCUCCUCGAGAUCGCGGCCCGCUCCGACGCCGUCUCCGUCGUGCGCUGCGCGGCCGCCGCCAAGCCGCUGCGCCGCGCCAUCCUCGACCGGGGCUUCCGCCGCCUGCUGGCCCAGCGCGCCACCGCCACCUCCGGCUACGACCCGUCCCUCCUCCGCGGGGUCUCCUACAAGGUCGAGGACAGCGACGCCGACCGUCCCGCACGCGUCGUGCAGCCCGUGCCCCCCGACGAGCCCUCCGUGCUCCGCUUCAACGAGAGCCUCGCCUUCGAGCCCGUCGCCUCCCGCGACGGCCUCGUCGUGCUCCGCCGCCUCCGCCCCAGGCCCCUCUUCGGGCAGUCCAUCGAAGAGGGGCCCCCCGGCAGCGUGCUCCGCGUCUGCCACAGCUUCACCGGCGCCGUCUCCGUCCUCCCCUCCGUCUCCAUCCGCGACUACCGCAAGCACGCGCUGCUCUCCGUCGACGACAACGGCCGCGCCUUCGAGCUGCUCGUCGCCGACGAGCGCCUGCGCAUCCAGAUUUACUCCUCCCGGGAGGGCCGCUGGGGCCCCGUCCGCGCCGCGCUCCCCCGCCGCCAGUCCAGGCCGUUCCACGACUCCUACCCCCUCGUCAUCGGCCGCACCGUCCACUGGCUCUGCAACCCGGAGCCGCUGCCGCCCGGCCGCCACCUGUCUGGCCCGGAGCCGUACAUCGUCGCCGUGGACGUCGACACCAUGGAGGCCACCGUGAUUGAUCUGCCGCGGGGCUGCACCAGCAGAAUGACGGCCUCUAUGAGCCACCGGGGCCUCCUCCUGGCCGCUUCCGUGGACGGGAGGCUCAAGGUUGUGGUCUCGGAGACCCAGGUUAUAUCAAUGUGGACCAUGUUACCCCCCGUCGAGGGGGAGCCGAGCUCGCCGCCGAGAUGGAUCCGGCAGGUGCUCAUAGACAAGCAGGACUGGGGCGUGCACAGCUCAGUUCAGUUCGAGGGAUUCGGGCUCAGGAGUGGCACUGUCAUCUUAUACGUAGGCAGAGUUGGGCUCAUUCGGCUCAACCUUGCCACAAAAGAGGCGGUCGUCGUCUACCACCGCAGCGAUACGGCAUACAUCUCGCAGGUUUGCCUGCACGAGAUUGAUUUGUCCUCUCUGCUCCAGACCAUGAAGCCUCUGAGCUAGCUGCUUAGUAUGGAUCAGUUUUGGAAAUGUUCUUCAGUCAAGUUCUUGUUCUACUGCUUUAUUUGCUUAGAGCAGCUGUUUUAGCUCUAAGCAGUCCUGCUCCUUGGCCAAUACUAGUUGUAAAAGGAAUCGAGUCACUCCUAAGUUAAGUUUGUUAAGUCUUGUCGUUUCCUGUUAUGCUGUUAGUGUUUGCCGGCAAUCUGUCGUUCAUCCUGUAAAAUAACGGAUUGUAUGGUUCAUUAUGUACUUUAGCCAGUUGUCAAAGGUGAAAUAAGAUCUGUUUGCCUUACUGAUUC